GCCAACUUGAUGCUGCACGAGAUCCACGGCUUGAAGUUGUGUUACCUCAGUUGUGCAGGCGGUGCCAGACUCUUUCUGCUUGGGAUAUUACAUCGCGUCGGUAUGAUGAAAUGCAAAAAGUGCAGAACGAGUCGAAGUCCGUAGCACAUAGUCUGGGUGCUGGUCUACUCAAUUACAUAUGGACUACCUUCGACUUUGCAUCCGUUGGGAUUGAGCACUCGUGAGGACUUCUAUUACAUCGGAUUGUUUCGGUUUUCUACCAUGCAAUACUCCAGAUCGAUAGAUGUGGGAAGGUGCAUUGAAUAUGAUAGGCAACUCGACUUUCAUUCCAUGGUACGAGAGAUGGAGGUGCUCCAAGCGAAACCUAAUGCAAUAGAGGAUGAAGACGAACAACGAGCACUGGAGGAGGACGUCACAGGCAAGAUCCUAUGGCUCUGUUGGUGUGGGAUCUGUGCAGAAGUGGACCAAUUGUUACCACAGGUUGCGGAUUAUAUUCGGAGCGAACGCAAGUUCGUGGGAUUACGGGCAAUCUUAAAUUCGUUGAUGACGGGUCCAUUAGCAAACCCAAGCGAUGAUCAAGUUCACUUGCAGCGGAUCUUGUUUGAUGCAGGAGCGGGCACAUCGAAACAUCAGUUGCUGCUUGCUGCUCGGGCUGCAGAGCAAGCGAAGUGGUCUGGCACAAUUGUUCCGUGGGACACCAACACCAACAUGCAAGGCCCAAGUACAAGCUUUCAAACGCCCCCCACGCCAGCGGUGUAACUAACAUGGAUUUUGUUGUUGAGAAUGUCGUAGUCAACACUUACUAGCUGGUUCCACGAAGUAACGAGUCUCCUGGUCUAAUCUUGUUGUAAUAAUAGUUUAUACAAGAAGUAACCUUCUGUACAUUAAACAAUUCGAGACGAGUCCAAGGGACAAAUUCAAGUAUUGCUGUCUCCCAU